AUGUAAACUUUGGCUAUAGUGGAACCACUUCAAAUGUUCAAAAACAGAGGAAGGGCAGAGGAUAAGAAGAAUGUCGCCAUUUUGGCUCAACACAAAGACUUGGCCAAUACGAUUCGCGUUCGUGCGAUUACAUCCGAUGGAAAUUGCAGAGAUGAACGGCGUGAGAUGCGACACGCGGCAAAGCCGACAGUCGAUAGGAAGACUGGCAGGCACGAAAGCAAAUCGACCCGAAAACAACCAGUACUAAUCCGAGAGCCCCUGCGUAGCGUUUCCGUGAGUAUACCGUGCGACGAACCGACCUGGAAAUUUUCAGGAUUGAGCCAGAAGACUGCUCCGAACAUUUCCGAUUUGCAAAGAAAGUACGAGCAGAUUAUGGUCGACGAUCCAAACUUCGCACCGAGAUUUAGCGAUUCAAUUUUGCUGCAGAAGGAAGUGGAGGAUGCCACUUUGGAGGCCGAUAUUGGCAACGUGCAGCUGGGCAAGAUAAAGCAAAUACUCGAAGCGGCCAAACAGCGAAGCAAUCUACUAUACAAUGUGGACAGAAACACGCGUUCUUCGAAGCACAAAGAGGGAAAGAACAAGUUUCUGUUAACUGUGAACGAUGUCCAGCGGCGAAUUCAAGACAUACAACUCAAGCAUUUCACGAGGCGCAGUGCGAGGUUUCGGUCGGUGAAAAACGUACGCUUUCAGCAACCUGCCCAGCAAACUGAGCAGCAAACUGAACAAAAUGAGAGCGGGGAUGGGAAUGCAGAAAGUUCCGAUUCGGAUCUUCGCGAAACACCAAGAUCUGAACAGAAGUUAGAGGUUGGCUACCCGAGUAGGUCCUCGGAAUCGGAUGAAGAUUUUCAAAAAAGACUGCAGAACCAAAUUAAACACUCCGAUUAUCUUACCCGAGAAUUUCGCCCCGAAGAUGAGGUGAAACCAAAACGGGCCGAGUUUCUCGAUCACUUCGAGAGGCGCUACAACGCACGGCCGUCGAUAAACUCGAAACCUGGUGAGUUCUCCUUGCCAGGUUACGAUUCCCUUAAAGGUACUUUGUAUUGUACAGGGGAUUGAUAAUAAAAGGUUACCUCUU